AGAUUCAGCGUCUUCCUUUGUUCAAAGUUCGCGACUUUCAUCGUCUCCUGGUUCGUAAUUUGGCAGCAGAGAAGACACAUCGUGCAAGAAGAAAGCUGUCGCCUCGCCCACUUCCAGUCCCAGGUUGACCCUUUGAAAUCUACUGCUAUCUGCUGAUCUAAAAUCAGCAAGAGGUUUUUACCAAAAAAAAAAAAAAAAAUCAGCAAGAGGUAAGUAAGCCUUUUAUCCCACUGUUUCCACCUGAGAUCUCAAGUUACCCCAUCAAAGUUAGUAACUUUUAUUCGAAUUUCUUAAAUCCACUGCCCUCUUGAAUCAUUUUUAUGUAAGGCGUUUGAUUAGGAGCACAAAUCUGUACUGUGUCUCUGUUUCUGUAUACCCUCUGCCUCACAUUCUGUUCCUUCUUUGGCAGUUUUUUUUGGGCAAUAUAGUUAAUAACGAUUGAAAGUUUCCUUUGCAGAAUGAGAAACAGAUUCUGUGCUCUGCCCCUGAGUUUAGCUCCUUGUUAAUUAUCCAUCUUUUGUUAGGCGUUAGAGUUAGAACUAUGUUGUAGGCAGCAUAAAUAAGUGUCGAACUAAGCAUUUUGUUGCUUCUUGGUUGCAUCAGGGAAGGUGAGACAAUAUUGUCAUCCAGCAUUGUCUGUGGCUCGGCCAAGGUGGUAAAUUUCUUCCUUAGAUGAAUUCUUAUUGUUAUCAUUUUUUCCCGUUCAUAUUGCUUGGAUCUGAUGCUUGUUUCUUUGACUACUACUAUUAUUUCUGUAUAGGUGUCUCCUUAUUUCGGAAUGAAUCAGUUGAAAGAUGGCUGCUCUGCUGAUCAGAUUAGUGCAUUGCCUGAGGUGAUCCUUGCUGAGAUUCUGUCCCUCCUAACCCUGAAAGAAGCAGCUAGGACCUCGGUCCUCUCCAAGAGGUGGAUUGAUCUGUGGAAAUGUGUUACAGAUUUGGACUUCGAUGCUUCAAAGGCAAGGCAUGCUAUCCGGGGAGAGGACGAGGUGGGCUGCGAUAUGAAUCUGCUGGCAAAGGAACGGAAUAAGUACAUCAAGUGGGUCAAUCAGGUCCUUGAACGGCAUAAAGGUCCGAAAGUGAAAAGCUUUCGAAUAAAGUUUAACUUAAACAGUGAGCAAUCAAAUCCAGAUUGUGACAUUGAUAGGUGGGCGGUGUUUGCUAUCUCAAAAAGAGUGAAGAGGAUGGAGGUGGACUUGGAUCGAUAUUGUGAUGUGAAUGUAAAUGCUAAGGGAUGUUGUGUUCUCUCAGAGCCCUGUUUUAAUUACAUCAGAACAGCUGAAGGAUUGUCAAAUAUCCGGUUCCUGCAGUCCCUGAUUCUAAGAUAUGUUAAUAUGCGGAGUGAGAUCCUUGAGCAUUUCCUUUGCAAUUGUCCUCUACUUGAAAAGUUGGUGGUCGUUUGUUCUCAUGGUUUAGUAAAGUUUAAGGUGGCUGGCUCUGGCUCCUGUUUGCCGUUGUUGAAGUUGCAGCACUUAGAUGUAAGUGACUGUGACUAUCUGAAGGAGAUGGAAAUCCAUUGCGCCCAACCUCUCACAUUUCAUAUACAGUGGUCCGAAGAUCGAUCUGCAUAUGAAAAAUGUUUCAAGUCUCGCUGGUUUUGAGUUCAGGUUGUGGGACAAUAGUCCAGGUUAUGUUUUCCUUUCGCCUAACAAGUUUUCACAGGCUGGAGGCCCUCACUCUUAAGAUUGACACUGUAAGAGUAUAAGAAACUGAUCCACCCAAAUAAUCAUCUGUGGUAUCUAUCUUAUUUUCAUUUUUAUAGUUUUAAUACUAAGUUGCAGAGAAGUGCAUUUCGAGAUUGAAAUCUAAGCUUUCCUUCACUAUUGAACUCGUCGCCAUUUAGUCUCUUGCAAAUUUCCAGUUACGAGUGUUCUCAAGUACUGUGUAUUGAGGUCUUUGUUAAUGUUGGACAUCAUGUACUUUAAACCGGACCGGGAUAUUCAAUACGCCUUUUAAUGUAUGUAUGAAUUUGAGAAAAAUAUGUUACUGCAUGCUGGGAAAUGGGGAAACCUCAGCAAGGAUAGAAGCAGCUAUAUUACUAUGAUGUCGAGAAAAACUCAGGUAAAAAAACUAUAAGGGUGCA